CGGGGCGGCCCCGCGCGCGCCGCAGCGGCCCGCAGACGGCGAGGGGGAGGGGCGGCGCGCGCGCCGGCGGGGCCGCGCGGGGAGAAAGACACUGGCAGGCGGCGGGGCGGGGAGCGGCGCGCGCCGGCCGCGGCGGAGCAGGAGGCGGCCCAGCGCCCGCGGGGGCUCGGGGGCCGCGAUUCCGCCAGCCCCCGAAAACAAUGUGCGGCGUGCAGCGGGGCGCAACUUGCCGGAGGCGGCGGGGCCGCGCUGAGCCCGCCUGAGCCCGCGCCGUUGACCUUCUCCCCCCGCCCGCCGCCCGUCGGGCCCGGGCGCCCAGCGCCUCUCGCUCCCCAGCUCGCGGGGGCCGGGCCGAGCCGAGCUGCGGGGCGGGGCCGCCCCUCCGUCGCUGCUGCCUCCUCCCCCACCCCCAGCCGCGGCGGAGGAUGCGGACGGCCCCCGGCGGCGUCUAGCGGCCCCGGGCCCAGGCGCGAUGGUGCAGCAGCGGGGCGCGAGGGCCAAGCGGGACGGCGUGCCGCCGCCCCCGGGGCCGGGGCAGGGGCCGGCCGAGAAUGGGGCGCGCGAGCCCGGCUGGUGCAAGACCCCGAGCGGCCACAUCAAGCGGCCGAUGAACGCGUUCAUGGUGUGGUCGCAGCACGAGCGGCGGAAGAUCAUGGACCAGUGGCCCGACAUGCACAACGCCGAGAUCUCCAAGCGCCUGGGCCGCCGCUGGCAGCUGCUGCAGGACUCGGAGAAGAUCCCGUUCGUGCGGGAGGCGGAGCGGCUGCGCCUCAAGCACAUGGCGGACUACCCGGACUACAAGUACCGGCCGCGCAAAAAGAGCAAGGGGGCGCCCGCCAAGGCGCGGCCCCGCCCCCCCGGCGGCGGCGGCGGCGGUGGCGGCAGCCGGCUGAAGCCCGGGCCGCAGCUGCCCGGCCGAGGGGGCCGCCGGGCCGCGGGCGGUCCCCUGGGGGGCGGCGCGGCGGCGCCCGAGGACGACGACGAGGACGACGACGAGGAGCUGCUGGAAGUGCGCCUGGUGGAGACCCCCGGGCGCGAGCUGUGGAGGAUGGUGCCGGCGGGGCGGGCCGCCCGGGGGCCGGCCGAGCGCGCCCAGGGGCCGUCGGGCGAGGGGGCGGCGGUCGCCGCCGCUUCCCCGGCCCCGUCGGAGGACGAGGAGCCCGAGGAGGAGGAGGAGGAGGCGGCGGCCGCGGAGGAAGGCGACGAGGAGACGGCGGCGUCGGGGGAGGAGCCGCUGGGCUUUCUGUCCAGACUGCCCCCCGGCCCCGCCGGCCUGGACUGCGGCGCCCUGGACCGCGACCCGGACCUGCCGCCCGCCUCGGGCACGUCGCACUUCGAGUUCCCGGACUACUGCACCCCCGAGGUCACCGAGAUGAUUGCAGGGGACUGGCGCCCGUCUAGCAUCGCCGACCUGGUUUUCACCUACUGAGCCCACCGUCAGCGGGGCGCGCACGCCCCCAAACCAGCUGUUUACAUACAGGAAUCAGGUAUUGGGGCCCCCUCGGAGGCCGAGGCUGGCACCCCAUCUCCGCGCAGCCUCCCCCCUCCCGGACGUGCCCACCCCCCUCGAAUCCAGACGUGCCCCUCCCCCGCAGACACACCCCAAGGCAGCCCCACCCCCACCCCGUCCCGUCCGAGCCCCUCCCCUCCG